AUGACCUACUUGGCCUUCUCAGCGGACAUCCCGACAACCUCCGGCCACGACGUCUUUGCACUGCUGGCUCCGGUGCCCCCUCCUACAGGCUCCGGAUACUUCACGGCGCUCGCCUCCAUAGAACUUAUCUCAUUGUAUUGUUUUGUAGCGUGCCGGAUCGACGACGAGGCCUCUUCACGGAAGGCGUGGCCGCCGGAGGCCACCGCCGCCGGAGGCCUCUUCGUUGAGGAGACGAAGGCGUGGCCGGAGGUGGUGGGGAAGUCCAUCAAGGAGGCCAGGGAGAUCAUUCUGAAGGACAAGCCUGAAGCCGACAUCGUCGUCCUCCCAGCAGGGGCACCGGUCACCCUGGACUUGAGGCCCAACCGUGUGCGCAUCUUUGUCGACACCGUCGCGGAAACACCCUUCACUGGCUAGGCAGCUUUGCAGGCCCGAAGGAAUGUAUGCUUGCACCAUGCAUGCUCAUGAAUACGUUUUUAUCAAUGGAUAAAUAAAUGCAGGCAUGUAAGCAUUAGCAUGUCAUGGAUCUCUACUGAUGUAUAUCUUUUUGCAUUGUACUUUUAGUUUGAUGAGAGAGUGCUAGAUCCGAGCAUCUGAU